CGUUCUUUCGUGCCAGAGAAAUGUGUUCAAAAUGAAAAUGGCGUCUAAAAACGAAGUUGUAAGGAUAACAUUCAAAGAAUUACACGAAAUCGUCCAAAAUUCACCCAAAGGAGAGCAACCCGAGAAGUCUUCAGAUAUUCAGAAAAAAGCUCAAGCUCGACGACGCCCUCCAAUACAAUUAUAUCAGCCAGGUGUCUCUCGGUUGAGUAAAACAAAAAUAUCCAAAGAACUUGCCAACCAGGAAAGAAAAAACAGUGUCUCCGAUGGAGAGAACUGGGAUUUAGAUUUAGAGCAGCAGGACACAGAGGAAAGUGGAAGAGGCAGCAAGGAGAGCAGUGUUGAACCUGAGGUCAAUGGGGUCACACCUGGAGGUCAUGCAGAUGCAGAAGCAUCCAAUCAAAAUGGGACAGAAGUAGUUGAAGGUGGUUCUCAAAAGCGGACUCCUAAGAAGUCCUAUAAAAGGAUGGAUAAUCGCAGACGAGGGAAAAGACCUGAUAUUCAGAUAUACGUUCCAAAGGGACGUUUGAUGGAACAGGACACUAGAAGGGGAGAUGGUUGCAAUAGUCCUGAUUCGGUUUCACAGCCUGAGUAUGAAUCAGAAAGUCCAUAUUCCACCCUAGGUAGAAGCUCAGAAAGAGGUUAUCAGAGUCACAGAAGAGGAUCAGAUGUUACUAGUCCCACCUCCCCAUUACCCCCUAGUCCCAGGUCUCCCUCCCAAAGGAAAGUAGACCUUCGUUUUGGUUUACGCAACAUGCAAGUGACUGUUGUUAAUGAGCCAGGUGAGGAAGAUAAACCCGUUGAAAUGUCUAGAGAAUCUGGGAAGGAAAAUGUGAAAGAAAGUUAUAAAGAUAACAUCGCGAGAGAACGGGCUAAAGAGAGACAAGAACUUUUGAGCACUCUGAGAGCUGCUCGAGCUAAUUCUGAAACUUUAGACUCGCCAGAGCUUUCACGAAGACUUAACAAACCGUCAAGGUUGUCUCUAUCCAGGCAGAACUCACUUGCAGAUACUCAGUCGGAAAACGAAAACUAUCCUGACACAAAUGACAGUGAAAUGAAGGAAAAUGUAUACAAAUCCAGAACGUCAGGAUCUCGGGGUGGGGGGAAGAGGGGAGGCAAACGUCACUCGUUCUCGGCAAUGCGCAGGCAGAGAACUGGCAGCUUCAGUAGUGACGUGAGUGCCAGCAGUGAUGUAAGUCUGGAGGAGGAGUUCCAACAGGAGCCGAAACCUCUGGACUGGGUGCAGGAGAUGGAGCAGGAGUUGGCCAGGCAGGUGCAGGAUGAAGCCCAGAGACUCAAUGACUACCUCGAGAGUUGUGUCGCGGGUUACCCAGGAGAUAUGGAUCAGGCAGCACCUCCAGAACCCAAACCCAAAUAUGAAAAAGCCCAUCCUGAAAAGGGAUCCAUAGCAAAGGACGUGAUACGAUCUCAGGAAUUCCGUGGCCGCAGGAAGGAGAGGAGACGUAGGCCUUCUGGAACGGAGAGUCGAGAGUCAAGUGUUCACAGUAAUUAUCAGGAUGAGGAUCCCUGGGCGCCAAGGAUCAGACCAGCACGGCGUCAUAAAAAACGGCAUUCAUCAGCUGGAUCAAGAGGGAAGAAGGAUAAGAUGGAUAAUUUUAGUGAUGUUGGGACCGAUGGAAGCAGGAGAAGGAGGCAUGACAGUCAUGGCGGCAGCUCGAAGGAAGGGGGAAGGAGAGAUUUCUAUGAAAGGAGGCAUAAUUCUCAUGAGCUUGACAUUGGGUCAAAGCGGGAGGGAUUUAGGCGGGGCAGGCAUGACAGCUAUGGUGAAUCUCCCAGAGACAAUGUUAAUAUCAAGGUUACUUUGGAUAGGAAUCAGAGACAAGUUAAAGUGUCUGGUGAGCAGACUCGAUCCGAGUCCGACAUGUCCAGUUCUCAACAUGCACAUUCUGGUGGACUGCUCCAUCUCCCAGGGCAUCAGGCCAAGCAGCAAGAACAUUAUCAGGAAGAGCAAACAGAUGCUGGCAUGAUGGCAAGUCAUCAUAUGAAGAACAGAGAUCAGACUCUGGAUCAAAGCAGGAAAAUGCUUUUUGAUCCAAGGAAUCCAAACAAGCCAAUUGUAAUCACCAACUCAAAAAUCAAAGGUCCGGAUAAACGUGAGAUGGCUUCAUCACCACAGGAAUCAAAUCGCAGCACCCCACCAACUACUAUGCCUCAGCAGCAUCCACCCCCACAACCACCCCAGCCCCACCCUCAACAGUACUAUCAAGACUACCGUCAGGGAUUCACUUACCCAGAGAUGCCGUACCCUGGCCCAGCAUAUGGUGGCAUGCCACCACACCCGGCAGCUAUGUUUGGUUACCCUCAGUUUCCAUUCAAAGAGUGUGGCCUCUACACUGAUGACACCUACACUAGAGACCCCUAUUAUCAUGGUGGCUACGAUCCUGACCAGGUAAUUGGAGGCCGGUCGAAGUCCCAAUGUCGAGCCAUGUCCGAGCAGCUACUCCGUGAUACCCAGCCACUGGACAAUCAACUCAACAACCUCCUGUCUCGCAGAAUCUCGGGUGAUGAUGGGUGGAGGAGAAUCACCAAACUCAGAGAUGAACUACGUAGUCGUUACGAGCAGAUCAUUUUCCUGGAUGCGGAUGUCUCCAACAAGCAUGGUGUAGAGCAGCUGCUGUGGAAGUCGGUGUACUACCAGGUGAUCGAGGUGUUCCGGCGUCACCUGGGGGAGGAUGAAGAGGGGGACUUCAAGGACAAGCUCCAUACUGUCCUCAAUGAAGGUACCGAGUUUUUCCAGAACCUUCUUCAGAAGCUGCAGUCUACAUACAGUUUCAACAUUGAUGUGUUCUUGGAUGUGAACAACCCUCCUGGCGACAACAUCAGUCGAUCGGUCAAACUGGCCCUUCUCAGCGUCCAGAGGACCUACAUCUUCCUGGGAGACAUUGCCCGAUAUCGGGAACAGGCAAAUGAAACCACAAACUAUGGGAGAGCUCGGAAUUGGUACAUGAAAGCACAGCAGAUUGCUCCUAAAAAUGGAAGACCUUAUAACCAACUUGCAAUUCUAGCCAUGUAUACGAGGAGGAAGCUUGAUGCUGUGUACUACUACAUGAGGAGUCUGGCGGCCAGCAACCCCUUCCUCACAGCUAGGGAGAGUCUCAUGUCAGUCUUUGAAGAUGUCAGGAAAAAGGCUGAAGCUACAGAACAGAAGAGAUUGGCCGACAAGGAAAAACUGAAGAAGUUGAAACAGAGGAGACAGCAAGACGGCCCCCGGGUUGAGAUCUGGGUGUCUCAUGAUGGCAAGAGUGUGGAGGAUAAGGUUGAUGAGACGCAUGAAGAAGACCUCACUAAUCUUUCUGCUAUAGAGCUCAACAAGCGGUUUGUGCUUAGUUUCCUUAAUGUGCAUGGGAAACUCUUCACUAAGAUAGGUAUGGAGACAUUCCCGGAAGGCAGCUGUCUGAUGUUGCGAGAGUUUGAAGCUCUCCUGCAGAACUCCCCGGUAGUCAUCAGCAGCAACAGGCUGAUACAGCUGAUGGCCAUCAAUAUGUUUGCUGUGGAAAACACAGCUCUGAAGGAUGAAAGUCUUGGAGAGACGUGCCGGUCACUGCUUCAGGAACAUGCUGUCCAGCUGGGUCUGGACAUGUUUGGGCUGCUGAUCAAGAACUGUUCUGAUCUCCUGACCUCCCACCUCAGGUCCACAGACUACCCCGCCCAGCUGCUGAAUGAGGACCUGCACCAGCUUGUCCCGGGUGUCAAGUCCUGGUCUGACUGGAUGAUGUGUCAUCCUGCUCUGUGGAACCCCCCACCAUCACUCCGGCCUCCAGACCUCGGGCUUGACAUUGAUGUGUGGAAGGGGAUGUCGGACCUGUGUAACGUGCUCACAGGGCUGGACACGUCACAUGUCAAAAUCUACAGAGACAGGCGGGAAAGCUGUGAACCCAUCGUCCUGAGUGAGGAUGCGAUGAUGGCUGGCUUCAUCCCAAUGUUGAGUUCACUGGUGGAGAGCUGCUACAUACAUGCAACCACAGAUAAGGAAGUUGCCAAGGAUUGCCUAAGACUAGAAAAGCUCCGCCUGUUUGGAGAAUACCUAUGUGGUAUUGAGCCACCCAUGCUCUCCUACAAUGUUGAAACAAAGCUGUACUUCUCAGUUGCCUUGGCUACCUCAGUCAGUGAAGAAAAAGACAGAAAAAGAGGCACUAAUUCCUCAGACUCUGAUGAUGUGAUAAUUGAGAGUGAAGAUGAGGCUGAUGUUGAGAGUGGUGAGGAGGAUCAUGUCCGCCAUCUGAAGGCCCGCAGACAGGAGCUGCAGAAGAAGAAGGAUGAACAGACCAGGCACCAGGAGAACGUCCAGGCAAUACUUGAUGAGAAUCGUCAUCGUCGAAUUGAACUUGAAAUCCAUCCUAUCUUCCUCAUCCCGGACACCAACUGCUUCAUCGACCAUCUGCCAGGACUGAAAAGAAUCCUCAACUCCCACAAAUACACCCUGGUUGUCCCCCUUGUUGUCAUCAAUGAGCUAGACGGCCUAGCCAAAGGAAGCCGUGAAGGCCAGUAUGAGACAGCAGAGCAUGCUGGGAUAGUCAAGUCAAGGUCUCAGCAAGCCAUCAUUUUCCUUGAGGAAGAAUUCGAAAGGAAGAAUUCCCAUAUACGAGCUCAGACUUCCAAAGGUUCCAUAUUGGAGACAAUAUCAUUCAGGAGUGAAGAGACAGAUGCAACAGGCAACAAUGAUGACUUGAUCUUGUCCUGCUGUCUUCAUUAUUGUAAAGAUAAGGCCAGAGACUUCAUGCCAAAGAGUAGAGAUGCGUCAGUCAGACUGUAUCGGGAUGUAGUACUUCUGACAGAUGACAGGAACUUGUGUCUCAAGGCGCAUACAUCGAAUGUCCCUGUCAAAGAUGUGACAUCCUUCAAAAGGUGGAGUAACAUUACGUGAUCAGUGGAGGAUUUAGCUGGUCUAAAUCUCAUCUCUGCAUCAUGUCGGGAGCCACAUCACCCGAAAAGAUGGCGACCCGUCGCCCGACCCGACCUGACCUGACCUGACCUGACCUGACCUCUUCAUGGCCAGUCUGUGCCUUCGUCCCUCGCUGUGUGUUAUCGUUAGCUAGCAGAAGGCUGCGUACAUGCAUGAUAUCCUCUUGUCAAAAGUGGGUACAGAAUCCAACCCCUCUGUGGAAGCAGGGUCUAGCCGACAUUAGUUCACGUUCAUGACAAGUUCCAUUCACUUUGUGCUUUAGGUUCAAGAGUUUGCCAAGUUUGAAGUCUGCCAAAUUAGAUUUUUGUACCUGCCGAAGCAUGUGGAUUAAUUCCUCACAGUGAAAACAUGUUUCCUGCAUGUUUACCGUAAUGAAAUUUGUUAACCAUGUUUUUUUACAAUGCUGAUUGAAUUCCAAAUGGAUUGUAGCUUAUAUGUUUGAGGAUUUGCGCCAACAGAUACAGCUUAAUGCUGAUCAAGGUUGUAAUCGACAUUUACCUCUAAACACUCAAUGCGACAUAAUCUUGAAAUACUGACAUAACAUCAGUCAUGGUUCAAGUAAAACGGAUGAAAUGAAAAGUUUUAAGUUGUUAUCAAAUGAUAUGUAAUAUUGCUUGUAUUAAUACUUCAAGAGUAGUUUAUGAGCAUAUUUGCAUUGUCUAUUAUCAACUUCUGACGUGGAUUGAUGUGAUUCGUAAGGCAUAAACAUUUGUUAUGUUGCUGUUUACCCAAGUCAAUCUAAUUUAUUGACCCAAAUAGUUUCAUUGACAUUCCUAUUAAUACAUGACAAAUUAGACUUUUCAACACAGUUCACCUCAAUGUUUGAGAAAAACGUUCAUUACAAAAUCUGUAUAAAAAACUGGAACUAAAUUUUUGUAGUAUUUUUUCAAAUAAUUCUUAUUUUGAUCUAAAAUACCAAAAGCUAUGUAAUCAGAAUUGUAACUUAAGCAGGAUGCAACGUGGCACUGGUCCGUUAGCCUGAGUCGGUUUGAUCUAUCCAGUGAAAUCUAGUAGAUCUAGUAAUAUUUCAGGCUUUGUAGGGGUGUCUUCAUUCCGGCUAGUAAAUGGUUCAGUUAAGGUGCAUCCUAGUUUAGGUUUCCCCCAUCUUCCCGAGGCAAGAGAGUUAACUGACUUUAAAAGUCCAGUUUCCACCCUUGCCGAACUUGGCUGGAAUUCCUGGGCUCGAUCAUAGCGCCACCAGUGGCUAUUACCAGUUAUGUCUCU